AAAUCCAUGGACAUGGUGCUACAGAUCCUGGAGGAGGUCCACAAGUUUAAUGUGGACAGAUGUACUGAACCCAUCAUUCCCAUUGGGGGAGGAGUAUGUUUGGACAUUGUCAUUAUGGCUGCCUCACUCUGUAGAAAACGCACCCCAUGCAUUUGGGUUCCCAUCACCCUUCUGUCCUACAUCAAUGCCAGUACAGGAGCAAAGACGUGAAUUUUGUGCUUGAAUUUCACAAACUGCAAGAAUAAGUUGUGUACUUACAUUGCACCUGUCGCAGCAUUCCUGGAUAGAAGCUCCUUUUGCACUGUACCUCACCGACAUAUCAGUGGGCUUCCAGAAAUGCUCAAGAUGGCACUCAUAAAGCACAGGGUCCUCUUUGAGCUUUUAGAGACCUAGGGACUACAUGGCAACUGUUCUGAUCCAGCAUCAGUGUUGACACACACUGCUAUUGAAACCAUGCUAUAAGAUCUGGCCCCAAACCUGUGGGAGGAUGAUCUUGAUAGAUUAGUUGAUUGUGGACAUUUGAUCAGUCCAGAGCUAGAAAUGAAAGUUCUGCAUUGCCAGCUCCAUAGUGAGGCUGUGAAUGUCAAAUACAUGGUGUAUGUGGCCUGUGAAAGGAGCCCUACAGAGUUAGAAGAGCUCUGUAUCAUCCAGUGCAUGCUGGUCUUCAAGCUGCAUAUGUGGCAUCAGGACUGGCCCCUGAAAGCUCUGUACAAUAGGCUGAAGCACUCCAGAGGACUGGUGAGGAUGCCUUUACCCACUGGCCUUGGAAGAGCAGAAAUCUUUAAUGACACCAGUAAUGUCAUGCUACACAAAGUGUAUGAGAAGUAGUGUGAUGAGCUCAGCACUGGAUCAGAGCAGUAA